GUCCAUCACCCACUUGAGAACAGCGGGUUUCAAGCAAUCUCACCAGGACACUCUGCUUUCAACAAGCAGCCCUAGUGAUAUAAGGCCAGGCAGCCCCUUCCACAGAUUUCUUCCUCACCCUUGGGCACUGGAGUAAGGAUCACAGAAGUAAUGCUUACAGAAAUGAUAAACCAUCGGAGGAGAAAGAAUUGGUCCAUCUGAGUAGUGUGUGAAAGGGAGAAAGACGAAUAAAGAGAUGGAGCUGCCGCAAGGAGAUGAGAUGGAAGAAGGGGAAGAAAAAGAGAGGAAAACCAGGUCUCCGCCUCAGGGCAACAUGAAGGACCGGCUAGCAGAACUUCUGGAGUUGUCCAAGAGUUAUGACCAGCAGUUCCCAGAUGGGGAUGAUGAGUUCGACUUGCCCCAUGAGGACUUCGUGUUUGAGACUGACCACAUCCUGGAGUCCUUGUACCGAGACAUCCAGGACAUUCAGGAUGAAAACCAGCUGCUGAUGGCCGACGUGAAGCGGCUGGGAAAGCAGAACGUCCGCUUCCUCACGUCCAUGCGGCGUCUCAGCAGCAUCAAGCGCGAUACCAACUCCAUUGCCAAGGCCAUCAAGACUCGGGGCGAGAGCAUCCACCGCAAGCUGCGCGCCAUGAAGGAGCUGAGCCAGGCCGCCGAGGCCCAGAACGGGGCGCACUCUGCGGUAGCGCGCGUCUCGCAGGCGCAGUACAGCGCGCUCACCCGCACCUUCCAGCAGGCCAUGCACGAGUACAACCAGGCGGAGAUGAAGCAACGCGAAAACUGCAAGAUCCGCAUCCAGCGACAGCUGGAGAUCAUGGGCAAAGACGUCUCGGGCGACCAGAUCGAGGACAUGUUUGAGCAGGGCAAGUGGGACGUGUUCUCCGAGAACCUGCUGGCCGAUGUGAAGGGCGCGCGGGCCGCCCUCAACGAGAUCGAAAGCCGCCACCGUGAGCUGCUGCGACUGGAGAACCGCAUCCGCGACGUGCAUGAGCUCUUCUUGCAGAUGGCAGUGUUGGUGGAGGAGCAGGCAGACACGCUGAAUGUCAUCGAGCUCAAUGUGCAGAAGACUCUGGACUACACGGGCGAGGCCAAGGAGCAGGUGCGGAAGACCCUGCAGUACCAGAGGAAGGUCCCCUGCUGGACCAUCUGCUGCUGCUGCUGCCCGUGCCUCAACUAGCAGCUGGCCCACACCUCCACCACCCAUCCCUAGCCCGAGCCACCCUGGAAAGGACCGUCAGUGGCCAGGUCCUCUGCACUGGGCUGAGAGGCUCCCAAAUCCUUAGAAAAGAAGAAACGAGAGGCUCAAGAAUUGGAACCCAGCUCUUGCGGAAGGAGAUAGCUGAUACCUUCCAAGGUUUUUUCGGUGAAGACAGAUUCCUAGUGAAGUUGUGCAGGGCAAGUUGUGUGACACUGCAUUAUUAAAUGACACUGCAUCUUUCCUCUCCCACCAAAGGUUAAGGAACUGACGUUGGACCUGACCAUAGGGUUGACGUCCAAAGCACGCUUCCUGUUGAAGCUCAAGGAGAAGGUCGAUUUUACAUUCACUCACAGUAUGAACUCAUCAUCAAAACUUAAAUUCGUUUGUCUUGUCCUGAAAGUGUUGGUUCUGUCCAAUUUCUGGUGAAAUUGAUCUUGGGGAAAAAAUGGGAUUUCUGCAUUUCUGAGUCAUCUGAUUUAUGAUAUGUGAUUUGGGCCUAGAGGUAGACCUUUCUCCUCACCUCCCCUAUCAAUAAAACCCACAUGGAACGCUUUCUAUCCCAUAACUUUCUCUUUUAAUACCUUCUACCACAAUAGAUUUUGUGAUUAUUUUUCCAAAUAAUUUUAAGCACUGAAUAUUGAAGAAGCACUCAAAUAGAAGUAUAUAUCAGUCAUAUUUUAUGUAUUUUCACAGAUAAGAUUUAUUUAAAAUUUACUUUUUUACUUGAUUGCAUAUACACAAAUGUAUGUAAAUGUAAAAUACUAAUAUUCACUAACAUGUACAUAAUGACCAAUUGGCUUUAUCGUUACUUUGUAAAUAUGUAUAUAAAUAUUAAGAAAAACACUUUUCCUGGCUGUUGGUAUUAGUUUGCUUGUUUUGAGUUUAUCUCCCUCCAAUCUGCUUCUUCGUAGUCCAAUUUGGAUCCAAAUUAUAUUUUGAAAAACUCUGUAUUGGUUAUGUUAGUAAAGACAGGUGUUAAAGGCUGAAAACAUAUGGAACCAGAGACAAUAAAAUUAUGUUCUUGGAAAUAGUGCUUUUGUUUUAAUGGUAGACCAUUCCUUUUGUACAUUAAGAUGGAGUAAUUUAAAAUGAAAUAAUUCUGUUUUUCAAGUAAACUUUAAAACAUAUUAUAAAUAUCCAUUUUAAACAUUUGUAUCUUGACCAUUUAAAUCUCGGCUUACUUUUUCAAUUAUUACUAAUUUUCUCCCCCACUAGGCUACUUGAGGCUACACCAUCUAGAUGGAUCUCUGAGCACAGGGGGAAAAUGAUAAACUCAAAGAAUUUAGCUACAGGUGUCUUGCUUUCUCUCCCGAGUUAUAACAACUUAGCAAAGUCAUCAGGUUUUAAGAUUUGGUUUCAUUUACCAUGCUUCUAGUGUUUCUUCUGAGUCAACUCUUAACUCUUUUUCCCCUUAUUUAAUACAGAAGCAAUUUUAGUCAGCAGUCAUAUUUCUCAGGCCCUCCAGAAGACAAGAUUUUUUUGAAAGAGUAGAAUGUGAACUCUUUGAGGCUCACUGCCUGACCUGCUUAAGACCAGGUAAGUCUAGCCCUACCUACAACAUAUUUCAUGGUGUAAAUAUGACAAUUGUAGAAACUGGGUCCCACCAGACUUUUCUCAGAUUUCUCUCAGUUUCUUUCCAGCUAACUCCAAGGAUAUGUUUCCCCUUUGACUUAAUACACUCCUCCCUAUAGCAAGGGAAAGAGUCUUCAUACAGUUCCAUUGUGGUAGUUUUCACUGUAGGAAAAAAAAUUUAUAUAUAUAUUUUUUUAUUUAUAUAUGAAUAAAUAAAAUAAGUGGAGACCUCCAGCCUCUUCCCACAAGAAAAGACAGCUCACAAACUGGACUCAUUUGAACCCUAAUAUACCUAGCAUGAGGGAGGCUCUGAGUUCUAUCCCCAGUGCUACAAAUAAAUAAAUAAAUAAAACUCAAAAUAAAAAAAAAUAUAUAAACCCUAAAAUAUUUUUUUUUGCUUAGAAUCAUCAUAAAAGUAAAUAUGUUAGAGUAUAUUAUAAUUUGUAAAUCAUGUAUUUAUACGAAUUAUCCUAAUUCUUACAGUAAACUGAGAAGAUUGACUUUUCGAACUACUAAGGGUUUAAGUUAUAUUUUUAAAUAUUUGCUAUAUACUUCUGUUGUUGUUGUUUACUCCAGACAGGACAAAGUAUUCAUUAAUCUAACCUAGUAGAUAAUGAAAUACAAAACAAUACUAGCAAUUGCUUCAAUUUUCAUAAAAAUAGUUUCACUAAUUUUGUCUUUAAAUGGCACAAGUAAUGUCUAUAAAUAGGCAUUUGUAAAAAAAAAAAGUUAUAGUUAUCAAGAUGGGAUUUUUAAAAAUGUACUGGAUCAUUUAAAGAAAAAGAAAUAUAUUUGCUGAAUACAGUGUCAAUGUUUGUGCUCCCAAAAUAGUAUUGUGUGGUCACAAAAUCAAGUGACAGGAGAUGCAUUUUGAUCUUUUGCUGUCCAUUUUCUAUAUUCAGUUUUUCUUAAAAAUAAUACCUUUGACAAUAUUUUUUCUAUCAAAAUGAGUAUUUUGGAAAAAGAAAAUUGUUAAAAGUGAUGUAUAAAUAUUUUGUUUAAUUCAAUAAAUAUUUAUUGAUAGAAAAAAAAGUAAAUGUGUUUG